AUGCCUCCGUCUCCGGUGGGGGUCACUUUCCUCGGCUUUACUUAUUUCGUCGUCAAGCUGUUGACAGACCUGGCAUGCGAGGCCUUAUUCCCGUGGUGCGACCACCCGGUCAACUGCUUCGACUUCACGAUCGAGCUCAGCCAAAGUGUGGACCACAGCGUGGACGCCUGCGAAGGUCUGUACGAUCACACGUGCGCCUUUUGGGCCCUGAACCACCCACUAACUUCGUCUCAAUUUGACCAUCUAAACUCAAGAAUCCACCUGGAGCUCUUCAAACUGCUCAGCAAGCCACCUCAGCGCCGCUCCCUUUCUGUUUUUGACAAAACUGUGGCUGCCUUUUCCGAAUGCCGGGCAGUCGAGUUGAAGCAGAAAGAGCACCUCCAUGUCCUCCUCGAUGUCCUCAAGAAGUACUCGCUCGAGUGGCCAUCGUUGAAGGUAACCAGCAAAGCUAGCGUUAUGGAGGCGCUAGUGGGACUGUCGCUCGACUUCCACUUUGGCGUCAUAUUCGAUUUUCAGAUGACCAUUGACUUCAAGACGGACAAUCGCUACGGAUUCGCGCUCUCGUAUAGCGGUCUAGAUCAUAACAGUUCCGUACUGACAAAUCACGAGCGUAUUCAAAAUUGUCUGAAGUCAAUACCUCCGAAAUCCAGUAUCAGUCCCGUCGCCAUAGCCGAGAGGAUAGUGUCAGUAAACACCGAGCUCAGGGCUCUGACGACUACAUUUAAAUUAGCGAACAAACUUUUUCCUCACCGCACUACUAUUCAGGACGUGGGAAACGCGACGGGCCCAGUUUUGAGCACCGGCGAUUGGGUGAACGCAAUUAACAAGCACUUACCCAAAGACAGGCAGAUCACAUCGAGCAAAGAAAUCGUAGUGUUUCAAGGUGGGCUGUUGCCAUAUAUUAAAGAACUCCUGCGCGGUCGAGGACACAAUGCUAUUGACCUUAUGAUCUAUGUAGGAUGGGUUAUUAUUCAGUUGCUCAGCCCCGGCCUGUCGUUCGGUCAGAUAGGCUGCCUGGACUUAGCGGGUAUUGAAACAAGUUUCGGGUGCCUGCAAUUAGUGAAUCAGAUACUUCCAUUCCCAAUGGGACGGCUUCUUUUUGAUGCGAUCAGUCCCGCCGGUGUGGAAAACUUGACCUACAAAAUUCUAACCGAUGUCAAAAGCGCGACCAAGCAGUCCUUUGAACAGCUCUCCUGGAUGGACAACAAGACUGUUGCUGGCGCCAAAGAUCGUGUGGAUAGCAUCAUCUCUGUAGUGAGCCUCCCAGAACACCUAACGCAGCGCAAAGACCUCGAGCAGGCCCUAGAUUAUGUUCCUUCUUUCCAAGAUCCUUUCAUUCGAAGCUACCUGGAAACAUUGCAAAAACAGUCGGAAAAGGAGAAACGGCUUCUCGUACAUGACCCUUUUGUGACCGUUCGCAGAGAUGACGUUUUUAUUGAAGUGACCUCAGUUAACGCGUAUUACAUUCCCCUCUGGCACAUGAUUAUUAUUCCCGGCUCCAUCAUGCUGCAACCCUUCGUCCAUCCUUCCCUCCCGACAGCCGUUAACUACGGUGCCAUUGGAAAAGUGAUGGGUCAUGAAAUUACGCACUCGUUCGACUUUCUAUUUGGAGACAUCGCCAGGUCGGGCGACAAAGUCGACUGGUACAGCAAGGACUCGCGUGCCGAAUUCAAGAGAAAAAUAGAGUGCGUAAUGGAACAAGUGCAGAAUGCCUCGGACAUCAAGGGCAUCGGUCUCAGUUCUAUCAGCGAGUCAUUUGCGGAUACAGCAGGGGUGGAGAAAGCGUAUUCUGCCUUUAGCAGAAUCGCCAAAGGCAGUGGACUGCUUCGGUAUAAUCCUGAUCAGUUGUUUUUUGCGAGCGGUUGCUUCUCCUUCUGCGGAAGUAAACGCGAAGGAGUCGACAAGGGAAAGAUAUAUCCCCCGACGUUCCUGCGCUGCGACGUGCCCGCCGCCAACGAAGCACACUUCGCCGACGCCUUCAAGUGUCCGAAGGAAGCGCGGCUGAACCCGACCAACCGCUGCGACUUCCAUUGA